CAAGUGUCAGCUGAAUAUGUCAGAUUGUCUAGGUUCUAGGAGUCCAGGAGCUUAAACUGAAAUUGCAUUUUAAUAAAGAAAAUGAGAGCUGCGUAACAAAUUUGUGAUCCGUUUAUCCGUUAAUCAUCAAUACGACUCACGCAAACCCCUUAAGUUUUCUUUAAGAAGCAGACGAACUCUAAUUUCUCACGAAGGGGCCUUUCAUUUUGCCAGUAGUUGCCUUGUUAUUGAGUUGACUCAUCAAGUUGUGGAAGUUGAUAACCCCAAUUAUUGGAUUUUGCUUCGCAUCUGUUGUCAUUUCUUUCAGAAAUGGACGGCCAUGAGAUCACAUCAGUUUUAGAAAAGACUUUUUAUAGCCGUGCGGCUGAGUUUUCACAAAUGGUCAACAUAAUCAGAGCUGAAAACACCUCACACUGCAAUUACUACAGACCCAAAAAUUCUUCAAUGUUGGUUAUAAUUCCUGGAGGAUAUGAAGGAAUUCCACAAAAUUUGUGUAUCAAUUUCGUUGCUUGGAUUUGCCUCAUAAUCCUCUUUUCAGUUCUAAGGAAGAAUGCUUGGAAUUAUGGCAGAAUGGCAUUACUUCAAAGAAGAGAAAGGAGAGAAACUACCCCGGGAUUCAGUGAAUAUAACAUAUGGACGCAAAUUUUCUAUCGAAGAGAAGACCGAGAUGGAGAUUCCGAAAACCACAAGGCUGCACCCUCCUUUGAUCCAGGUUCCCAUUACGAUCACGGAAUGUUUUCUUGGAUAUUAGCGGUUUUUAGAAUAAAGGAUGAUCAGAUUCGUUCAAAAUGCGGGGACGACGCUGUUCAGUACCUCUCAUUCCAGCGACACAUUAUCGUACUGAUGUUGAUUACCAUGGUUGUAAGUUUGGGUAUCGCAUUGCCCAUCAAUAUGCAAGGUGACCUUAAAGGCGACGAAAAGCAAUUCGGCCAUACUACACUCAGCAACUUGGACCCAAAGUCGUGGUAUCUGUGGAUUCACGUUGGUCUUUCGAUACUGUUUGUUCCUAUUGCCAUUUUUAUCAUGCGGCAUUUUUCAAAGCGACUUGACAUCCCUGAAGUUGAUUCCACAGUAUCGAGGACUUUAAUGAUCAACCACAUCCCACGGUCGCGCUGCAACAAAGCCGAUCUUUUAAAGCACUUCAAUGAAGCGUACCCCGAAUAUGAAGUAAUAGACAUACAGUUUGCUUACAAUUUGUCAAAACUAAUCAAACUAGAUAGAGCAAGACAAUUUGCACUACACGCCAGGAAUUAUAGUGUCAGUGAAGCCAUGAGCGGUAAUCGCAUGUUAGUCCGUCCAUUCUUCUGUGGUAAUAUCUGCGUCUGUUGCGAUCCUUGUUGCCCGAAAUCGAAAAUUGACGCAGCCGAAUAUUACACGAGCGAAGAAAGGCAACUAGCGUCACUUGUUGAUCAAGAAAAACUGAAGGCUAUCAAACGACCAGUUGGAAUAGCUUUUAUAACCUUCGCCUCAAACAUUCAAGCGGCGAGGGUAAGACAAGAUCAUAGGCCAAAUUGGCGAUGUGGAUCAAACCCAGGAAGCUCGAGCCUUAGUGUUAUCUUUAAGCCUCACCGUUGGUCCGUUGAUUUUGCGCCACGUCCAGAUGAGAUCAAUUGGGGAAACUUGGCAAUCCCAUCGCGAUUUUGGUACUUGAGGUCGUUUCUGAUUAACAGUUUUUUGUUCAUCGUGCUGUUUUUCCUGACCACUCCGGCUGUCGUUGUUAAUACGCUGGACAUCUUUCAGUUUUCUAACAUUACUAGCAAAAUUGAAAAAAUGAGUCCAAUUUUGUCUCAAUUCUUACCAACUCUCCUCUUGUGGACGACGUCAGCUCUGAUGCCGGUCAUGGUCGCCUAUUCCGACGAAUGGAUGAGUCAUUGGACGAAAUCUACAGCUAACCACACCAUUAUGAGGAAGACCUACAUCUUUCUGAUGUUCAUGGUGGUUAUCUUACCAUCAUUAGGACUGACUAGCGCGCAAGCUUUCUUUGAGUGGGCAACCAGAUCAAAUGAAACCUACCGUUGGGAGUGCGUAUUCUUACCUGACAAUGGUGCCUUUUUCGUGAACUAUGUCAUCACAUCAAGUUUCAUUGGAACGGCGUUGGAGCUCAUGCGAUUUUCCGAGUUGUUUAUGUAUGCCUGCAAACUGUCCUGUGCCAAGUCGAGAGCUGAAGUUCCUGGUGUACGCCGCAAUUUACUGUGGGAAUUCAAUUUCGGAGUUCAGUAUGCUUGGACAUUGCUAAACUUUUCAUUGAUUACGAUGUACAGUGUCUCUUGUCCUUUAAUAACACCAUUCGGCUUUGUCUAUGUCCUUCUGAAACAUUUUGUGGAUCGCUACAACAUAUUUUUUGCCUACGCCCCUUCGAGGAUCAACAAGAACAUCCAUACAACGGCCAUCAAUUUCGUCAUGAUUGCGUUUCUAAUCUUGCAGAUGACAAUUUUCUUCUUUUCGCUGCUGCGUUACGGUCUGUUUGGCGUGACAAUAUUUGCCCUCGUUGGGUUCUGCGCCACUUUGUUCCUGGUGUUCGUUCAAGCCUCGUUUCGCUGGUUCCGCGGGCUGGCGCCCAUUUCAUACCGGGUGAGCCAACGUCGUCGUGAUACGGACGAAACGGAUUUGCACGAACCCAAUCUUCCACCGACUGCCGAAGACUUAUUGCUUGCUGAAUCGAACGAAACCUACCAUGCUGGUAAAUUCUCCGAGCCGAGGGGCAGCACCAACAGCCCUGGCCGUCAACGCGUUGACUCUUUUUCUACAGUAAACAAUCAAGGACAACAUAAUAAUAUCUUCCUACCUGAAGUGUUGACCGAGUCGCAAUGCAAUGGUCCCGCUCACUUGAUGGAGACCAUAGCAACUACUUCUGCCUUGGAUUCAGGACGAUCGAACAAGAUUGCUGUCAGUGGAGAUACUGCUACGGUACAACAACCCAUUCCGUGCCGUGACAGAGCGGUUCCUGCCGAACAGGUUUAUUCUUACCAGAAAUACAACAAUGAUCAAGAAAAUAUUUAAGAAUUCUACCUAAAAUGGGCCUUACUACAAUCCUAAUUCAUGUUGUUUAUACCGCCUGCCUUUUUUUUUGCUUUAUUUAACGGAUCUUACCCUAAUCCCAUCUAUUCUUGGUGUUUCUAUGAACUCUAAGUCAUCAUACUGUAUAUGUGAUCGAUCUGACUAAUAGCGGAUAGACCCAUCUCUCACUUAUCCAAAAUUACGGUAUUUGUUCUACCAAGAGCCAAUGCUCAAUCAUGUUCUUCUUAUUGGGCAAUCCUUAUUCAAUUCCCACUGUUUCGUCUGUGUAUGCGCCAGUGCUCUCUAGACUCUAUUAUCCACAAAUUCAGAUCAUCUUUUCAUCUGCUUUUCCAUUGUCUUUUCUCGCUGUGGCAGUUUCACUGAAAAGUGGUGGAAAUCUAAAUCGAUAUUUGCUGGCUGGGUAUAUGUUGGAUCCUUAAACUGGUGGAAUGCUUUAAGCUAUAACCUGAAACGAAUCGUCUUAUUAUCGAAAUUUUAAUACUGUAUUACUUUUAAAUGUGCCCAAACUAUAAACAUUAAACCUUAACUUUCAGUCAAA